UGUUAUAUAUCUUUAUGGAUUUAGCGAACUAAAUAUAAACAGCCACACGAUUUAGCAGUAGAUUAAGUGCUGUACUUCGUCGCUUCAACAUGGCAUACCUCGGCAAAGAGUUUCACUUCGAACGAGAGGAGAAUUAUGAAAAUUUCGUUCAAUCAUUAGACUUGUCUCCCGAAGAAAAAAACAACUUCCAAAAUUACAAGCCCAUCAUCAAACUGGUGAAGAAUGGUGAUAGCUACACCAUCUCCUUCAUACACUCUGGUUCCCCCAAGGACGUCACCUUCACUCCUGGAAAAGAGUUUGUGGAAACAUCUAAUAGUUUUGAAUCCAAAACUGUCUUCACCGUGGAUGGCGAUACUUUCACACAAGUAAAGGAUUUCGGACCAAAGGGCAAGCUUACAUUUAAGAGGAUCUUCUCUCCAAACCAGCUCAUUAUAGAGCUGAGAUCGUCAAAUUGGGACGGCGUCGCUCGCAGAUAUUACACGGCCUAAAUAAUUUUUAUCAUUGUUCUUACAAUUAAGCAUAUUUUUUGAUAAUUAUAUAUUUUUUUUGUAAAU